AUGUCAGUGAUACUUCCCUCAAGAGUAUUCGCCCAAAAGGUUGUUCAAAAUGCAAAUAUGCUUUUCCUUCGGGGCCCGAUUAAGCUCACCGACCAAUUUGGCCUUGUCGAGCAGCUCGAAACUAAAGUUGGAGGCCUCCCAGAGCUAAUGUUUGUAGGGAACACAAACGUUGGUAAAUCGUCUUUGCUCUCGGCGCUGAUGAUGCCAAAAGGGGCACCAAAAGCUACCCCAGGCAAGCCACGAGAUUAUCCGAAUGCAUCAAAACGGCAGGGAUUCACGAGAACACUGAGUUUCUACACAAUAAGCCAAAAGCUCAGGCUGGUUGAUACGCCCGGCUACGGGUUCCGGUCUCAUUCGGCACAAGGAUCGGUGAUGUUGCACUACCUUGAAAACAAUGCUUCCAAUCUUAUAAAGGCCUACGUUUUGAUUCACGCUGGUAAGGGGUUUUCACAACCUGAUGCAGACGUAUGUGAGAUUUUGCAUCAGCACGGUAUUCCCUUCAACUUUGUGCUCACAAAGGCAGAUCUCGUUAAGCAGCAGUCACAAAUUGAUGAGAUUUACGCCCAGACACUGGGAUUUGUGUCGGAACUCGGCGGAAUCACCGACGAUAUGUACAUAACCAGCGCCUCGAGAAGAGACCCGCGAGGCAUCACUGAGCUUAGGACCGGAAUAUACCUGUCGUCUGGUCUUGCCGAAGCACAAGAAAGAAAAUAA